GUGUUACUUUUUGAUGGGAAUUGUAUCCUUCAUAUGAAAUCGGAGUUUGAUUCUCACGCGGCGGCUAUGGCGGUUGCAGUUGCUCUCUCUCCUCUCCCCCGUCGUUUCCAUCAUUGAAAAUUCUUCUCUAGCUCUGCCACUGCCUGUCGCUGUGGCUACCCUCGCCCCUCAAUCAAUCAAUGCUUUUCUUCUACCUACCUACCCUGUGCCUAUAUAUAACAACAUUUGCCUGCUGCAGCUCCAACUAGCAUCGCUUCCAUGGCAGUUUUCCGAUUCAUGACCUCACCCGCUCUAUUCGCGCUUCUAUUGAGCAUUUUGUUACACGCCGGCGCUUUCCUCGCCGCGAAACCGAAAUCCGAUCCGAUUUACGGCAUUGAAGUUGUGAAAGAGUAUCCUCAUGAUCCGGAGGCGUUCACUCAGGGGCUUCUGUAUACAGCAAAUUCCACCCUUUAUGAAUCAACAGGACUGUAUGGGAAUUCAUCUGUUCGAAGAGUUGCUUUAGAGACGGGGAAGGUUGAGCUUAUUCACCGAAUGCCGGAUGCUUACUUUGGCGAGGGGAUGACUCUUUUUGACGACAGGUUGCUUCAAGUUACUUGGAAAACGACUACCGGUUUCAUAUACAAGAAAAAGACACUAAACAAAAUCGGCAGAUUUACUCAUCAAAUGUUGGAUGGUUGGGGCUUGGCGACGGAUGGAAAAAUUAUAUUUGGAAGCGAUGGGUCUUCAACGUUGUAUCACAUCGAUCCUCAUACAUUUAAAGUUAUUGCGAAGCAUGUCGUCAAAUACAAAGGGGUCGAAGUACCCAACCUAAAUGAGCUGGAGUACAUAAAUGGUGAAGUAUGGGCAAAUGUUUGGCAGACGGAUUGUAUUGCAAGAAUAUCGAGCAAAGAUGGUAGCAUGUUGGGAUGGAUCUACCUUCCAAGUUUGAGGAAAGAAUUGCUGGCCGCUGGAAACACGGGAAUCGAUGUGUUGAAUGGCAUAGCAUGGGAUGCAAAACAUAACCGCAUUUUCGUGACAGGUAAGUUGUGGCCAAAGCUAUAUGAGAUAAAAGUGCACCCAAUUAAGAGGUCAGUCAAGGAUAUUAAGAAGCUCUGCAUACUCCCCCCACUCAACAACUAAUUAAUUAAUUAAAUAAUUAUAACUAAUAUUUUAAUUUUAAAAUAAUACUCCUCUAUUGUUCGUCUCUCUUGCAAUAAUCUCCUGCUGUUCUGUGCUGCGAGACUGUAAUAUGGAGUACUAUAUAAAUAAAAAUAAUCUCUGCUCAAGUUUCUUCUCUA